CUUUGUCCACUCGGGUGAGGAGUUGUGCAGUCCUGCCGCCCUCCGCCUCCACUUUCCAGAGAUUUGGGAAGGAAGGGGGGCAGCUGUGGAGUCUGGAUCUGGAAAUGGCUACGUAAAUCAGUUGCUGGUGCAAGCUGAUGGCGUGAAGGGAUGGCUUGAGAUUUCGCUGAGGUCACUCACUGUCCGCCUCUCCCUGCAAAGGAAGCCCCUUAAGGCCGGGACAGGUGGGUGAGGGGGCUGGGAAGCAGUCUGAGGCCCACUCUCUUGCUGGGAUUUAAGACUGUUCCCGGAGUUGUUAGAGGCAAAAAAAUUCCCAUGCAUUCUGGAAAUGCUUUGUAAAUCAGUGAGAAUGUGUGUUCUCCUCCCACGUGUAUGUAGAAAUAGAUAUGGAGUUAUCUUUUGAGGCUCUUACCUUGAAGAGGAAUAGAAAAACUGGCCAAAGAAAUCCUUCAAGCAACCUGAAAGCCCUGGGUGGGCGCACACGCUCUUCUUUUGCUGUGAAUCACACCGUUUCACAUGUGCUUUCUUUGAAGAAGAGGUUUCUUUUUUCCUCCUCUUUUCCCCUUACCCACUCUAAUCCUUAGUCAAGGCUGAAAGUUUUUUUCUGAUGUAACUUUGGGGACGCUCAGGCAGUACUGAAAUCCCAAGUCAUAAUGUGAAACAUGAAGUCUGCAAGCAGAAAGCGUGGAGUUUCGAGAUUUGUAUAUUAAAGGUCUCACCUCCACCCUCAAUCCUAUAAAAUGUGGUUCUUUCAUAUAUAAUUCACAGAAUCUGUGAUUGGAUCAAAUUCUCUGAAGCUUGUGCAUUUUGGUUCUUAUUCUUCGUAAUUGAUACCGAACAAAUGUAAAGUUUUGGAUUAUCUUAAGCUUGGAAAUUUCUCUUUGCUUUUGGAUUAAAUGGGUGAGCAGAUUAGUACAUUGAACACCCCCUGGUAACUUCUGUUCUGAAAUUUUAGCCAAUAAGUUAGCAUAUUGAAAGUUAUUGGCCCAAUCACCUACCCUAAGAAUAAUUUACAUAUUGUCACCAUCAUCAUCAUUAAUGAACACCCGUGUUAUUCAAAGGAGUUUGCAUCUGCUCCGUUUCUUAAUGUACUGUCUAGUUUGAAGACAUCCACUAGGCCUGGGCUGCCAUUCGUCACAGUGGAAUGGGAUUCAAGCUUUGAAUCUCUUUUUGGAUCAGCUGCUUUGAGUGUACUGCAGUCCCUUUCAUUCUUUGUAAGUGGCUGCUUGGCGAAAAGAUUGAAACACAUUUCUGCAUUUGAAAAUGAAUCUUGACAAGUGUAAACUGGUGGGAAUUUUUGGUCGCCUUCCUGGGGUUCUUUUUAUUUUGCUGGUCUCCUUUCCUCCUGAGGGCUCCAGGGAGGGUGGAGCAAGCCACUUAGCUCCAGCCCCCAGAAGCAGACGCCUCUGAAGCCCAGUUGGCGUGAGAGAAGUUAACGAGAGGCUGGCUAUGCCAGCCGGAGCAUCGUUAACUUGGCUUUUGUAGUUGCCCUUGAAACUAAGGUCACGUAGCUUCGGCUUUUGGAUGGCGGGAGAGGUGACAGUGGGUAGGAGGAGAGAGUCCACUUGCCCAGCUGAAGUGGCUGCACGUAUCUGGGUCCUGUAGCUACUCUUUUUAUCUGUUUCUUAAGAGUAGGCUUUCUCAACCAUCAGCCUAACACGUUUUUGUGGACCGGUCUGGUGGGAACCCCUGGGACUCAGGUGCGGAUGGAAGAGGCUGCAGCAGCAGCAGCGGCAAGGCCAGUGAGCGGCUGCCGCAGCACCUUGGUUCCUGAGCCCACCGCCGGCUGAAGGCAUUGCUGCAGGCAGUCCAUGCUCGUAGAGGAAGGGUGCAGAUGGGAUUAACGUCCACAUGGAGAUAUGGAAGAGGACAGGGGAUCGGCACCGUAACCAUGGUCAGCUGGGGUCGCUUCCUCUGCCUGGUUGUGGUCACCAUGGCAACCUUGUCCCUGGCCCGGCCCUCCUUCAAUUUAGUUGACGAUACCACGGUUGAGCCGGAAGAGCCACCAACCAAAUACCAAAUCUCCCAACCAGAAGUUUACGUGGCUGCGCCCCGGGAGUCGCUAGAGUUGCGCUGCCUGUUGCGAGAUGCCGCCAUGAUCAGUUGGACUAAGGAUGGGGUACACUUGGGGCCCAACAAUAGGACAGUGCUUAUUGGGGAGUAUUUGCAGAUAAAAGGCGCCACGCCUAGAGACUCCGGCCUCUAUGCUUGUACUGCUGCUAGGAACGUAGACAGUGAGACUGUCUACUUCAUGGUCAAUGUCACAGAUGCCAUCUCAUCCGGAGAUGACGAGGACGACGCAGAUGGCUCGGAGGAUUUUGUCAGUGAGAACAGUAACAGCAAGAGAGCACCGUACUGGACCAACACAGAAAAGAUGGAAAAACGGCUACAUGCGGUCCCAGCAGCCAACACUGUCAAGUUCCGCUGUCCAGCUGGGGGGAAUCCAACACCAACCAUGAGGUGGCUGAAAAACGGGAAGGAAUUUAAGCAGGAGCAUCGCAUUGGAGGCUAUAAGGUACGAAACCAGCAUUGGAGCCUUAUUAUGGAAAGCGUGGUCCCAUCUGACAAAGGAAAUUACACCUGCGUGGUGGAGAACGAUUACGGGUCCAUCAAUCAUACGUACCACCUCGACGUUGUUGAGCGAUCACCACACCGGCCCAUCCUUCAAGCCGGGCUGCCGGCAAAUGCCUCCACCGUGGUUGGAGGCGAUGUGGAGUUUGUCUGCAAAGUGUACAGUGAUGCCCAGCCCCAUAUCCAGUGGAUCAAACACGUGGAAAAGAAUGGCAGUAAAUACGGGCCCGACGGGCUGCCCUAUCUCAAGGUUCUGAAGCACUCGGGGAUAAAUAGUUCCAAUGCAGAAGUGCUGGCUCUGUUCAAUGUGACUGAGGCGGAUGCUGGGGAGUAUAUUUGUAAGGUCUCCAAUUAUAUAGGGCAGGCCAACCAGUCUGCCUGGCUCACUGUCCUGCCAAAACAGCAAGCUCCUGUAAGGGAAAAGGAGAUGACACCUUCCCCAGACUACCUGGAAAUAGCCAUUUACUGCAUAGGGGUGUUCUUUAUCGCCUGCAUGGUGGUGACCGUCAUCCUGUGCCGGAUGAGGAACACGACCAAGAAGCCGGACUUCAGCAGCCAGCCGGCUGUGCACAAGCUGACCAAGCGCAUCCCCCUGCGGAGACAGGUAACAGUUUCUGCUGAGUCCAGCUCCUCCAUGAACUCCAACACCCCGCUGGUGAGGAUUACAACUCGCCUCUCUUCAGCUGCAGACACCCCCAUGCUGGCGGGGGUCUCCGAGUACGAGCUUCCAGAAGAUCCCAAAUGGGAGUUUCCGAGAGAUAAGCUGACGCUGGGCAAACCCCUGGGAGAAGGUUGCUUUGGGCAAGUGGUCAUGGCUGAAGCAGUGGGAAUUGACAAGGAGAAGCCCAAGGAAGCAGUCACUGUGGCCGUGAAGAUGUUGAAAGAUGAUGCCACUGAGAAAGACCUUUCUGAUCUGGUGUCCGAGAUGGAGAUGAUGAAGAUGAUUGGGAAACACAAAAAUAUCAUAAAUCUCCUUGGAGCCUGUACUCAGGAUGGGCCGCUCUAUGUCAUCGUCGAAUACGCCUCGAAAGGCAACCUUCGGGAAUACCUCCGCGCCCGGAGGCCACCCGGGAUGGAGUAUUCCUAUGACAUCAGCCGCGUUCCCGAGGAGCAGAUGGCCUUCAAGGACCUGGUGUCGUGCACCUACCAGCUGGCCCGGGGCAUGGAGUACUUGGCUUCCCAGAAAUGCAUUCAUCGAGAUUUAGCUGCCAGAAAUGUUUUGGUAACAGAAAACAACGUGAUGAAAAUAGCUGACUUUGGACUGGCCAGAGAUAUCAACAAUAUAGACUAUUACAAAAAGACCACAAAUGGCCGACUUCCGGUCAAGUGGAUGGCUCCCGAAGCCCUUUUCGACAGAGUGUACACCCAUCAGAGCGAUGUCUGGUCCUUCGGGGUGUUAAUGUGGGAGAUCUUCACGUUAGGGGGCUCGCCCUACCCAGGGAUUCCCGUGGAGGAACUUUUUAAGCUGCUUAAGGAGGGACAUAGGAUGGACAAGCCAGCAAACUGCACCAACGAACUGUAUAUGAUGAUGAGAGAUUGCUGGCAUGCAGUGCCCUCACAGAGACCCACCUUCAAGCAGUUGGUAGAAGACUUGGAUCGAAUUCUCACACUCACAACCAACGAGGAAUACUUGGACCUCAGUCAGCUUCUUGAACAGUAUUCACCUAGUUACCCUGACACAAGGAGUUCUUGCUCUUCGGGAGAUGAUUCUGUUUUCUCUCCGGACCCCAUGCCUUACGAACCCUGCCUUCCUCAGUAUCCACAUAGAAACGGCAGUGUUAAAACAUGAAUGGGCCUGUCCCCCUGUCCCCAAACAGGGUGGCGUCAGGAACUUAGCUGUACUGAGCAGGGGGGGCCUUGCCUCCAGGAGCCUGUUGUCUUGGCUUGUAUAUAUGGAUCAGAGGAGUAAAUAUUUGGAAAAAUGAUCGGCACACGUGUAAAGAAUUUAUCCAGUUGGAGACUUGUAAUCUUCACCAGGAGAACAAGAAGGUUGUGGGGGCAAUGGACUGCCAUCGGCCACCACGUGCUCGUGACCCACUGUGGGUACUGGCUGUGGACCAGCCGGACUUGAGGCAAACACACGUUCUGCCUGCCUUGUGAAUUUUGUAAUAAUUGGAGAAAAUAUAUGUCAGCGCACACUUAUAGAGCACAAUUGCAGUAUAUAGGUGCUGGAUGUAUGUAAAUAUAUUCAAAUUAUGUAUAAAUAUAUAUUAUAUAUUUACAAGGAAUUAUUUUUUGUAUUGAUUUUAAAUGGAUGUCCCAGCGCACCUAGCAAAUUGGUCUCUCUCUCUCUUUUUUUAAAAAUAGCUAUUUGCUAAAUGCUGUUUCUUACACAGAAUUUCUUAAUUUUCACCGAGCGGAGGUGGAAAAGUACUUUUGCUUUCAGGGAAAAAUGAUAUGACGUUAAUUUAUUAAUGAAUUGGUAAUAUACAAAACAAUUGUUUAUUAUUUUUUUUUUUCUUUUUCUUGUUUUGGUAAUUUAAGUGGCAUUUCUAUGCAGGCAGCGCACCAGACUAGUUAAUCUCUUACUUGAACUUAACUAGUUACCAGAUCCUUUGAAAAGAGAAAUAUUUACAAAAUAUGACUAAUCUGGGGAAAGUGAAGUUUUGGUUUAUUUGUAUUUCAACUCUGCUGUCAGAUGAUUGUCCUUUAACCACCUAACUGCCCGUAAAAGGGCCCAUUAAUGAGAAGGUGUGUUGCUUUGGUGCAGCUUGGUCAUUGGGCCCAUAAACCUCUCACUGGGCUUCCCAAGACAAACGGUGCCGGCGUUCUCUUAAAAAGAUGCCUUAAUCCGUUCCUCAAAGGAGGAACUCUCAUCGAGAUGCUAAUAGAAUGUUCUGUCCAGACGCUGGCCUUCUGCCCCCCUCCCUGCCAAGUUGCACAUUGAUCAGAUUAGCCUGUAUUCUCUUUGGCGAAUCUUCAUCACGGCUUCCAGAUUCACUGGCAACAGAGAAGUCUCUUAGAAUCUUCAUGCCCCGUCGGAGAAAAUGGAAACACUGAGUUGUUCUGCUGAUAGUUUGGGGGAUCCUUCCAUCUUUUUAAGGGAUCGCUUCCGCCUCCUCUGGCAGGACCUCACUGAAAGAUCCCGCCCGAUGCCAGCGUCGUCUUACUGCCAUGGUGUUCGUUCUGUAUGAACGUGUUGUGUUUUGCUUUCAAAACACCUUCUCACUCUGCUCUGGCUGUGCGACAUGAAUGCGAAUGACACUGAUUUUUAACGUGUUAUGAAAUUGGAGAAAGUAUUUAAUAAAACCUGUUAAUUUUUAUACUGACAAUAAAAAUGUUUCUACAGAUAUUAAUGUUAACAAGACAAAAUAAAUGUCAUGCGGCUUAUUUUUUUAA